UAACUCUGUGCGCCCCGCCCCUUGCGCUUCCACUCCAUCUUAAUCCCAACAUACAGCGCGGCCGGCAGCUUCCGACCUUAAAGCAAGAUGGCGGACAGACCAGUGCCCAUGGCUGAGAAGAGGCUUAUGGAGGUGAAGCUUGGUGAGCUGCCCUCCUGGCUUGGAACAAGAGACUUCACUCCAAAUGGCCUCCUUGGUUCUGUUCGCAGAGGCUAUGAAAGAUAUUACAACAAGUACAUUAACGUGAAGAAGGGAGGAUUUGGCGGCGUAGCCAUGAUCCUCGCCGGUUAUGUUGUGCUGAGUUAUGUUUGGGAAUAUGAUCAUAUUAAGCACGACCGCUGGAGGAAGUACCACUGACACGUUUUGGACAUCGUGGACCACUGAGACUCGUGUGCUGUCCUCAAGUGUCCUCAGACACGCCUUUCUGUUGUGGCUGUUGUGUAAAUUUUUGUGACCAAGAAAUAAACUAAAAUUAAGUGA